AUGGGCUCCAGCCAAGAUGGAUGCCACUCUCUCACGUCCAGUCUCUUCGCCGCUUUUCAUUUCAGCACCCUCAUGGGUCUCAGCUGCCUCUUUUUUACCUUUCCCUGCAGCUGGCUUGCCCUCCACGUGUCCUGGGCCUUUCCCGUUAUCUGUGGCCACCUCUUCAUCCCAACCAUCCUCUACUUCCUCCUCACCAGUUUCACAGACACGGGAAUUCUCCACAAAGGCAUCGAAGAAGAGUUAGUGAACCAGUCUGUUACCAUGAGCGAUCUCAACCAGCAUUGGUGCAACAAAUGCCAGCUCUACUGUUUGCCGCAUACCUUCCACUGCUCCUGGUGCAAUACUUGUGUGGAGGAAUUUGAUCAUCACUGCAUGUGGAUUAACAAUUGUAUCGGAUGCCACAACCUUCGCUUCUUCAUCCUCUUUGUGGUCUUCCUGUGUGGCUACGACCUGGCCGUGCUGGCCUCCUGCCUGGUCUACAUGGCGCUCAACGCCCAGCAGGUUUUCAGCGUGGAGAAGAUUUGCACAGUGCUGGUGACCAUCCCUGCCGCCUUCUACCUGUUGCCUUUACUUAUCCUGCUCUGCAACCAGGUCAGCAACUUCUUGGCCGCUCAGCACCAGUGCAAGUCCAAGGCUCUCUCCUCCAGCCAGACUUCCGCCCGGGACCGGUACUACUUAGCUUUUUGCAAGCAGCAGGGAGCAAAGUACAGAGUAAGGUCGGCCAUGCCGAUCCCAGGAGCCUCAGCUUUGGAAGCCGCUAAGACCUCUGAGUUCCAGCGCGUCCCCUGGGCUUCCAGCACCAGCCAGGCGGUCCCAGGUUCCUGCCCGCACAGCUGCCCCCAAGGCCUGUCCAGAGAGCAGAAGGCCCGCAAGGCAUGGCACCACUUCCUGACCGCCGUGGGCAGCCUCGUGCCUCGAAAGGACCCCAGGCUGGGAGUAUCGGCCGAGCAGGUGGCAAAGCAGGUCGGCAAGAAGGAAAAGAAAACCAGCUGGAAGCUGAACGCCGCGGACAAAUGCGUGGAGAUCCCCAGUGAGUAG